GGAAAGAAGCAAGACCAUACCACCUAAAAUGCCUUAUUUCAAAAGAGGCUGUUGGUCAUCCCCUGUGUUGGCUUUGCAACGAGCCUGCUGUUAUUAGGUGCAGAGAGUGUCUUCCUGAGGAGUGGUUCUGUGGGGACUGUGAUGUAUUGCAUCACAAAAAACAGCCACUCCACAACAGGGAAUGCGUGAUUCGUGGUUUUUUGAAGCCAUUCCUCCAACCACAUGCAUCAUUAAAGGGGAAGAUGGAUAUUGCACCCAUGAGCAAGCUUGCAUUUUGCCAACUGUGAAGGUGCCAGACUGCUCCUGUGGAGGCACAAAUUUCACUAUGUUACCAGGAAAACCAGUGAUUUUAAUUACCAUCAAUGGGCGUUUUGACUUGCAUCAGCCAAUGUAUGAAUGUCAAACCUGCCAGCAGCAGUGGACCCCUGACAUGAAGGACCUCCUAAGAAGUGGAUAUUGGCCAGCCUCCGUAACCAAUUCCACACUUUAUACACUGGACCUCCUGAGCUCCCUUCAGGAACUCAAGAUCAUAUCUCCGGGAUUCUCCAGACAAGCCUUUGCAAAGCUGCUGGAACAUCGCACUAAGUGUGGAGGAAGAUCUGGACCUAUCAACGGCGAUGCACUGCAGCGCAGUUUCUUAGAGCUUUCAUAUGCAUCAUUUGAGGAAGACCAGCUCUGCUGUAGUGCUCCUUUCACCUGCCCAGCCUGCACGCCGGAAAUGUUGGCUGUUUCAGCAGAUGGAAACAGAAAGCUAUAUCGCUUUCGCCGAAACGGAAGCUCUGAUGAUCCUGGCUUUUUUGAGGGGCUCUUUGUGGCUGAAGACAGUGCGGUGUCUAGAUUUGUAGACACCAUACAGAAAGCAGUGAAAAAUACACAGGGAAGAGGCACAUGUGGGGACUCCCAUUGGACAGCAGCGAGGGAAACUUCAAGGAGGGCUUCAAAAUUGGAUGAAGAGGGGAUGGAGGUUGCUGUGUGUCGCCAUGGGUUCCUUUUGAAAGCCCUUAAUAUGUACAGGGGGAGAUAUUUGCCUACCCUCUGUACCUUCAAAGGGAGCUCAUGCCAGCCAAGGCACAAUUCUUUGCAAUGGACGUGGCAUGCAAAUACUGGCCAUACCUGGAGAAAGUUGCUAGUGUCCUUCCUGCUCUUCAGGAACUGACCACUAUGAAACCCUUUCUAAGUGUGAUGCAUGCUCGAGCCCAUGCUACUAAGUGUGAGAUUAAUUGGAGUGGCAGGAACCAGGAAGGAGCAGGGACAACCGCUGGUGAGGAGGUGGAGCAAGUGAACAGUUACCUCUCACGUUGUGCCCUGACAACCAAAUAUAUGUCCAAAGCAGCACGGGUGGACAUGCUUACAUUGCAUGCAAUAGGGUGGAAUGAGAAAAAAAUCUCUCUUUACAUCAGGCACUUUCCACAAGAUAUAUGAAGACUUUUCAGAGACUCCAUGAUGAGACUGCAAGGCUAGCUGACCUAAAAACAGAGCUAGAUUGCACAGAUGAAGUGGUGUCACAGUGGCUAUCUGAUGUAAAGGAAUGGGCAGCUGGUGAGACACCUGAUACAUCUCGUGCCAGUCAAGGCACAACACACAGAGGAAUGCAGCAAUCAAUUGAGGGGCUCUACCUUAGUGUGAGGCACCGGAAGCGAACCCUCUACCGUCAGAAUGACAGCAGCAAGU